GGGAAGGUGACCCUGACAUCGUCGUUGUUAAUCUUUAGCUUAAGAAGCGUUAGCUGUCCAUCUAAGAAUCUCCCUGAGUUCACAUUUUGAAGAAUCCUCGAUAGCUUCGAUUUGUCAAUCUCAGAAUGAUGUGGACCGCCAAUUGUCUGCUGGUCACAUUGGCGAUACACAUCCCAUUGACAGCGGCCAGCAGUUCCACGCAGACCGAUUACCUCUCCCCUCGAGCAACUCAGGCGAUCAACGGGAUUCAAACUUGGAUCAAUAAUAACCAGACCGUUCUUUCGCAUCCCUAUGACCCCGUGCGAUUUCCCAGUGGAAUGGUAUCUCUGACGCACAACCAGUUUACCAUUGACCCCCUCUACCAUCUGACUUAUGGUCAAGGGCCUGCCGCCUCUCCCCCCUUACGUCGAGCGCUCGCAGACUUCUUCAAUCGCCGCUUCAAUGCACAGCCCCAGGUCUCCCCGUAUGAGAUCGUCGUUGGGUCCGGGGUGACAUCGCUCAUCGACUCCGUCAUCUGGUCGACGUGCAGCGCCAACGAAAGUUUCAUCCUCCCACGACCCUUGUUUAAUUCCUUCCCGCACGACAUGGGGUUGCGUAGUUCCGGACUGGUGAUGCCCGCCUCUUUCAUGUGGAAUAACCAGACAUCCUCCCUGGACGAUGUGUUCAAUGCCACGGCGAUCAGACACUCACUGACGCAAGCCUGGUCCAAAGAAGCCCUCCUGGAAAUCGCUCGCUUCUGCGGCGAGCGCCACCUCCAUUUCAUAUCCGACGAGAUCUACGCCAAUUCGGUCUUCACUCCGCCCCACGGAAGCAAGGCACCCCCAUUCACCUCGGUCCUCUCCCUGGACCUGGCCGGGGUGAUCGAUCCGAAUCUAGUGCAUGUCCUGUACGGGAUGAGCAAGGAUUUCGGCGCGAGCGGCCUCCGACUCGGUGCGCUGCAUUCGCGCAAUGAGAAUCUAAUUCAGGCUGCUACCGGUGUCAAUCUCUUCGCGUGGCCCUCUGAUCUGGUCCAGGACAUGUGGGCCCGUCUCCUCCAGAACCAGACCGCGACGGAUCACCUCCUUGACCUGAACUCUGAGCGCCUGGGCGUCAGCUAUGGGGUGGUUACUUCGUGGUUGGUGAAGCAAAACAUUGAGUAUUUUCAGGACGGGUGA